AUGGAAUGUGACAUGGUGAUUGGAACGGUUUUGGUGGACAUACGAAGGAAGUGCAGGCGUGUUGAAAGAGCAUUUGAGGCUUUCAAUGGGAUGCCUAAGAAGGAUGUUAUGGAAUGGACAUCUAUGCUUUCAGCAUUUGCACUUCAUGGGCAUGGGAAUGAAGCUUUUAAGGCCUUUGAAAAUAUGGAAACAGUUGGUGUAAGGCCUAAUUCUGUAACGUUUGUUGGGUUAUUGUCUACCUGUACUCACUCGGGCUUGGUGGAGAAAGCUCUAGCCCGAGGUAGACUGUUUGUUGAGGCUGAAGAGCUUAUCAGAGUGUAUGCCAAAGCUUGUAGAUUUGAUGACCUGAAGAGAAUGAGAGCUUUGAUGAAAGAUACAGAGUUUAGGAAAUCGGUUCCGGGAUGCAGCAUGAUUGAAGUUGAUGGAAUUGUCCAUGAAUUCUUCGUGAAAGGAUCACCCGAUGUCCUGAUGAGGGAGGCCAUACAGAGUGUAUCAGUGGUAUUAAGUCAUGAGAUGAAGAGAAACCAAUUCGAAUAUUUUCAUCCCAUAAUCGGUGGAUAA